AUGCCGGGCGCGGCGAAGAACGGGCGGCCGCCGUUCAUCCAGUUGGUCUCCGGGUUGGUGGUGCUGAGCAUGGUCGUCGUCAUCGUUUACAUGUACCGCGUAAUCGACAGCCUCCACCGGGAACAGCAGGUGAUGCGCGGCCAGCUCCAGCAGCUGGUCGGCGUCGGCCGGCCGGCGCCGCUCGCGGGCGGCGCGCCCUGGCCUCCCGCGCGGGCGGCUUCGCCUGCGGCGGGCGAGUUCCUGGAGCCUCACGCGGAGACCGUGGCGGAAGCCGUGGCGGCCAUGCACGGCGAUCAGCACCAGAGCCUUGAUCGUCCACGACCCGGUGCCAAGGAGCACCCCCACCGAGUGCGGGGCCGCCCGGACGUGCCCCACGCCGAGGGCAGGAGACUAGGGCAGAUCUACACCACGGGGACAGCCGCUGGCGUCGGCUGCUUCACGAUGACCGAUCAGGCGACGGAGUCUUACGACGUCUCCACGACGGCCUGCUUCGGGAGCGAAUGUCCUGAUUGCUUUAUCACGCCGGCCACGGUCUCGCAAGACAUCACGCUCACCAUUUCGAAUUGUGCCAGUGCUUCGUGGAUCAGGUCGCAGACACGCUCUGGCGUAUGGAGCUACAUGUUCAUCAAUUCGGAUGCCACCUACACCGUGUCCGUGACCGACAGCACCGGCGCCGUCACCUACAAGGUGCCGCCCUCGAGCUACGUUCAGGCAUGGUGCACAUCUUCGCUGGGCACGGCCAACAGGUUUAUUUUCCCUUCGACGACGUUGCCUACCUUGUCAGUAGACAACGGCCUCACUGUGUCGGCCGGGAACUUCGACCACUCAUCCAGCUCUGGUACUUUUCAGACUGGGAGUGGAGACAUCACCCUGAAUGGGAACGUUGCCCAGUCCACUUCGUCGGCAUAUACCUUUGAGACUUCGACCGGCGCCGUGACCCUGAACGGAGCCACCACUGUAGCUGACAACACUGCCUUCACAGUGGGCAGCUCGACCGCCGGCGGCGCCUCCACCUUCUACGGAGCCGUGAACAUCGGUGGGUCUGCCAGCGGAGCAUCUGUCGCCACGACCAUCUACGGCGAUAUCACGCAGAACGACCACGGCUCCGGCGUGGCGGCCACCCUCUCCACCGCCACCGGGGCGCACAGCCUGGGAGGCGACGUCACGAUCGCCAGUGGCAAGGACCUGACGCUGGUGUCCACGGGGUCCGGCAUGUUUACGACGGGCACGGGGCAGAUCACCCUCAACGGCGACGUGAGCCAGUCAGGGGCCACGGCAUUCUCGACAGGAACGGGGGCCGUCAGCCUCAACGGAGCGACCACCGUCGCCGACAACACGGCCUUCACCGUGGGGAGCUCGACCGCCGGCGGAGCCGCCACGUUCUACGGGGCCGUCAACAUCGGCGGCAGCGCCAGCGGCGCCUCGGUUGCCACGACCAUCUACGGCUCGAUCACGCAGAACGACGACUCGUCAGGCACGGUCGCCACCCUCGCCACUGGAACUGGAGGGGUCACCGUGAACGGCGACUUCACGCUCGCCGCGGCGAAGAACUUCCUGAUGACCGCUGGGGCUGGAACGUUCACGACCGCGAACGGGCAGGCAUUGUUCAUGGGCGACGUGCUGAUCGACUCCACCAACCAGUUCACCACGGGUAGCGGCACCGUCAGACUGGUGGGGAACGUGGAGAUCUCGGACGGCAAGUCCUUCACCGUCGGCAGCGCCGGCAACGCGGGCGUCAUCCAGCUGUUUGGCGACACCUACGUCGGAGGGAGUUCUUCUGGAACCUCGUCCUCUCUGACGGUGUAUGGCGAUGUCGCGUUCAACGACGACGCCGACGGCACGACGAAGACGCUCACCACUGCCACGGGCCUUUCGCAGUUCCAAGGCGACGUUGCGGUGGCCCAGGACAAGAACCUGCACAUGCACAGCGGCGGCACCGGCACCUUCCAGACGGGCACCGGGACGGUUACGCUCAACGGGCUUGUCACCGUCGCGACUGGCAUGACCAUCACAAUAGACUCGGGGACGAUCUCCUGCACCAACGACAACACCGCCACGAACAACUUCUGCAAGGCGAGAUAAGGCCCAGUCUGCGUGCCGUGCGGCGGCGUCCAGAGGAGAAGGAGGAGCCUGAGGCGGACGAGGAGGCGAAGGGGGUGGUCCUCGUUCUUCUUGGUCCUCGAGGCUCGGUGGUCGAGGUUUUUGUAGUGCGUGUCCCUUUGUUGAGCCCCUUUGGGGGGGGGCUCAGGGACCUGCAGAGACUUCCCCAGAGUGGGAGACGGAGGAAGAGGAUACAGGAGCAUCGAUGGCUGAGAUCUUUGUGUAGUUGGUGG